UUUUUUCUAUAUUCUUUCUUCUGUAGAGCAUCCGUGCUGAAAGCGUCAAUCAAAUCCAGAAACCAAACCCUGAAACAGCUAAAUCAGGUGCUCAACAUCAGCUUCCUAUUGAACGCUGGAGCAGACAGCGGGACGCUCGCACCCGUUCAGGAGAAACCGAUCCGAUGUCACGCCGCCACCAGCUGGAUCACGUUGCUUCAGAAAGACUCUUUGAAUUUGAACUGCAUCCUGGAUAAUGGAAGUUCUUAUAUUCUGGAACAAGGAUGGACGUUAAACGUCACCGCAUCUUCGCUCUGCAACUCCACCAAGGGGCAAAGCCGCUCUGCGCAUUAUUUGUUCCCUUUCCAGAAUCUUCAGCCAGGGGAGAAACUGGAGAUUUCCCUGCCACUGGCUACCGAAGGAGAAUCGUCGUUGCCUUGUCUCGUUUCCUUCUCUCUGACUUUCUCACUCGCAGGUCUCCUCGGAGGAGAGGCGGCGGCAUCGCAGCCCGACGGUGGUCUUGUCAGUUUACCGUUGAACACACUGCUGGUGGAUUACUUGCAUGCUCUGCGGAUGGUCGGUCCGGCCGAAAGAAACGCUACACCUCAACGCUACGACGUCACCGCUGCGGACACCAUCCGAGCAUUUUUGAAAUGGCGCUGCGGCGGAGGAAGCGAUGCGGGGAGCGCGCGGCAUUCUACGAGCGUUAAGGUGUCGUCGCAGUUAGUGAGGGACAUGUUGAAACCUUCGGAGGGGCGCCCCGACGAGACGCUUCCAAGCGUGUGCGUCGCACUGCUGGACCGCCUCCUCUGUGAGGGCCACGGAGGCGUCAAGAUGGAAGGAGACAAGAUGGCCAUCAACAGCUCAGUGGUCCAUGCUCGAGCACCAAACGGUCGCACAGUAAAGCUGACGGCAAAAGAGAUUAAGCUAGCGGAGGGCAGUGCGGUGGAGCAGGAGGAGUCCCUGGCCAUCGUGGAGGUUCAGGUUGAGAGCUCCUCAUUGGAAGCAGUGUGUGGAAUGCAUCAUGCAAUCCUGCGGAGAGUCCAGGUUACAAGCGCCCUCUUGGAUUUGGAUGCAGUGAAGUUGAAAUACAUUAAAUUUAAGACAGAAAUAUUGGUCUGAACAUAAAAUGUUUGGUCAACUUUUACGUCGAGAGAUGAGACAAUUUAUCUUAAUUCUAUUCUGCUUUUUGUCUCUUGU